AUGAACGACCAUUUGAACGCAAUAAAUGAGUUAUUUAAACAGGUUGGUCCGCUUGGUGACCUUUCUGGCAUUGUAAAACAGUCGCAACACAAUUCCGAUUUGGCACAAAAAAAAAUAAUCGUGACUAAUAAACCCCUAAAAAAUGAUAAGUUUACAUGGUUCAAUGUAUUUUGUAAAAGAAGUCUGGAGUUACAGCAUCUUUUCACUACGUGUUUGGAUGACCUGGAUUCAAUCCAUUCCACUUGCCAAGCACAGAAAGAGGAGUUUAAAAGGAUACAAGAUAAGUACAAUCUACUGUCCCAUAACAUAUCCCAGCUACAAGAUUUGGUAUCUGGAUUUGAACGACACUAUGAACACUAUCGCAGAUACAACGUAUUGACUAGAAUAAUUGAUGAUUUGGAUUCUAAAACACAAAACUCCAGGCCUUUAUUCUCAGAAGCUCAUUUACAAAACCUAACAUAUUUACACUCUUCUUCUGAUAUCGCAGCCAAUUCCAUUGCCACUGUUAAUGCAGUUAAUAAUGCCACUGAUAAAAGUGCAGAUGACGAGGUUAUUGAUAGCGAAUCAUCUCAAUUCAUAGAUACAGCAGGGAAUAUUGGGGGAGAAUUGGCCAAAAUAAUCCGCUCAUCACAGGAUUCAAUUGACUUCUUCGGUUUGCACCCAAACUACAUUCAAUCGAAUGUUUAUCAAUCGCAUUACAUUGAUUUGCGCAACAGAGCAUUCAAUCUAUCCGAUAGAUUGUUCAGGGAAGUUUACUCCAAAAUCGAAUUUCACUCCUCUGAAGAUUUGAUACUAGAAGUUUCAAAACACUUUUUACACUGUAGGGUCUUCGCUAUCAAAAUGCGAUCUUUACUGGAUGUUUUUAUUGGGAAAACUAAGCUAGGCGAUUCUAUAUAUGAAAACCACCUUGAUCAAUUGCAGUUGUACUAUGUUGCCAUGAGAAUUAAGGUUUUGCACUCUAUUUUUGAAACACAUUUAACAGAAAAACAGAAGAUAUAUCCUUCAUUCCAAAUUGAACUAUUGCAGGAAUCUAUUGAAUUUGCAACUAGUUUAUCAAAUUUAGAAAUAUCACUCUUCUCUACUACAUUUUGCAAUUCAGGUUUCCAGCGUCUAAAGAGUAUAAUUUACAGCCUGGCUCUAUCAUUCACUGACAGUUUCAAACCUCACUUGGAUAACCUUGGAGAUAUGCCUCUAUUAUGCAGUGCAAUUGAUUCGUUUGACAAGAGCAAAAUACCAACAACACUACUAAAUUCCGACGCAUUUGAUCCUAUAUAUAAAUCUUUUUUGGAGUUGGAAAAGUUGCUCAAGUAUAAAUUGGCCUCGGCCCUAGACAGUAUUAUAAACCCAUCGCUAGAUCACAAAUUUGAUGAUGUUAAAUUUGAGAUAUGUGAGCCUUUUUCUCCUACAAUAAAUAUUGUGGGUACAAUAUCUGCAAAUUUAAACCGAAUUGAAACUCACUAUGCAGUUGAAAAGCUCGCAGAAUUGAUAAAAUUCGUAUCUGACGUUGGCAGCCGCUUAAAAGGCGAUUCUAUGGAUAGGCACUUAUUUAUGAUAAAAAACCUACAUUACAUAAAGGAUAAUUUACCAAUUGGACGAGUUAUAGAUAAAUUAGAACUUGAAACUACACUCGAAGAUUCAAUAUUUGCCCUAUGCCUGGAGUUUUCUGAUAAACAUGUGCACGAGACUAAUAAAUUGUUGAAUAAGAUACAAAACAGAAGGAUUGAUAAGAUAGACGUAUCGAAAUGCAACGACAAUCUUAAGGCGGACCUAGAAAAACAAUUACCUAUUCUAUAUCAACUUAUAACCAAGGCACUGAGAAGCAACUACAGGGAGAAAUGCCCUACAAUGGUUAUGCGAGUCAACGAAGUUUACUUUGCGGUUGUAACUCACAUUUCAGAUUUACAGAGUAUGGUACAGGAGCUAUUGCCUGAGGGGUUUACAGUUCUCACCCCGCAGCAGAUAAAAAACAUAGCCAAAGAAUAUUCGACAUUUGAAUAA